AUGUCGAGGUCUUUUACCGGUUGUGCAAGAUGUAAAUCGCGACGUCAGAAAUGUGACGAGCAGAGACCAACAUGCGGACGUUGUCAACUUGCAGGGGUGGAGUGCAAGUAUGCCAUGAUGCUUCAGUGGGGUGGACGUGCGUUUUCUAGAUCGCGGUUCGGAGCGUGCGUCGAUACUGGAAAUAUGCAGAGACUGGAGUACUCUCCCGGCGAAUUCAUUUACACCAUCAAAUCCGCACAAGCGCAAGCACAAGCCCAGACUGCCCCGGAUUCGAGAUUGACCAACCCCGUCGAUCCAUUCUCCUCUCUUGCGCCGGAUCAGAAAGCUCUCUUGCACCAUUUCAUCAACGAUGCGUCGCAGAUCACCGCCAGUCAUUCAGGGAUGCAGCAGGAUAUUUGCCGAAUGAUUGUACCCAUGGCCCUUCAGUGUCCAUCUCUACUGCAUGCCACGACCGCCCUAUCUGCCAUUCACAUUCAAGCUCUUCAUAAUCAAUCCGAGAGUGUAAAAUCUGCCCCAGAUAUUGCAAGGCUGAUGGCUCUUAGCCUUGAACACUUCCGCAAAGAACUACAACAUCCCUCAUCCCAGAAUUCAGAGGCUCUCGUAGCGACAGCCCGAACCCUCUGUCUGGCAGAGAUUCACUCCGGUGCCGUCCAUCCUCAGUCAUGGCGAGCUCACAUCGAGGGCGCAAGGGCAUUGAUGAAGACGCUCGACAUGACUGGCGAGGUUCCUGUCCACACACAGACCGGUUUCCGUCGGUAUCUCGACCGAUGGUACUGGUCUAUUGUGUCGCUUACGGCAUUGACGGGGAAUGGCCCGCCUGUGGGAGACGUCCAAUCGAAUGAUCUUUUCUCAGGCGAGACGAGAGAGGAAUCUCGUCCGGAUUAUUUGGAUGAUUAUUGGGGCUUUACAGUUAAUUUGGCAGCCAUUUUUCGACAGAUCGGAGCUGCCGCUUGGAAACUUGAACAGGCCCAGAAAGAGUCCUGGCAGAGCCACGGCUUUAUCACUGAAAUCACCAGCCAUGCUGAGAAUGAGGCUGCGGCGCUAGAAGCAUCAAUAUCAGAGCUCAUGCGUCGGGGAGCAACGUCUGAGCCAUCGUUUUAUCCCGGACGGGCAGAACGACUCUCAGCAGAGAGUGUGCAACACCUCGCACUUUGUAACGAGGCAUUCCAGCAUAGCGCUUUGAUUCAAAUACACAGACGUCUACGAAAGACCCCAACCACGUCAGCUCUUGUCCAACAGAGCGUACGGCGAAUCCUGGAGUGCACGGCACAGAUCGGACCGUCGGCCGGUUUGAGCCCUUGGGUUAUGCUGACCACGCCGCUCUUCAUCGCAGGUUGCGAGGCUCGCAACGAGGAUCGUGAUACUGUUCGACAUUUACUUUCAUUGCUCCAUGACACCAUUAGAGUGCCUAAUGUCCUCCAGUCCUUGAGAUUUCUCGAGCAGUACUGGACCCAUCAGGCCAGCGAGGACGAGAAUUGGAAUCAUUUCCUAGAUCGUAUGCACAUUGACUUUAUCCCCUACUGA